AAGUAGAGUAACUAAUUACUGUUCAUUUUUAGGUAUUUUAAUUACAGUUACUUACAAUGUACUUGCAUUACAUUGUGAAAUAACUAAACUCGCUGAAAAUCAUUAUUUAAUUUCAAUAAUUUAUCUUCUAAAGGUAAAAAUAAACUCUGCCGCUUUAACAUCGCUGUAGUGCAGCUGUACAUCAUUUCGCGCCAGUUUGCUGCAUAGUCGUAUUCUACAGCGGAAGAUGUCGGACUCGGCUGAAGCGAGUGGCUGUUUUAUGAAAUUGAAAUAUUCCCGUCACUUCACUUUUCUAAAACAAGCAGACAAAAACAUUACGGUAAUAUGUAAGCUAUGUCCUGGGGAGAAAAAACUAUCGGCCGCUGUCAAUAGCACGAGUAAUCUGCUGAAGCACCUGACACGGCAGCACAGACAAAGCCUUCUGAGUGAGCCAUCUUCAUCAUCCAUGGAUAACACCGCGGCAACUCCUGCUAAGCAGACGAAACUUGAUUUCACUUCAGCAACACAGAAAGUGUCUGAAGGUGAGCUUAAGAAAAUGAUUGCAGGCUACGUUGUGGAAGAGAUGCUACCGCUGCGUACUGUAGAGUCUCCGUCUUUUAGGUGCAUAUUAAACAAAAUACCUGUGUGUGUCAAAAAAGCAGCACUGCCCGAUCGAAAAACGUUUUCUACUUACUUAGAUAAGUGUUAUGCUGACAUGGAAAUGGAGCUUAAAGAGACAUUCGAGAGUUUGGAAUAUAUUUCCACGACUGCUAACAUUUGGACGAGCCAUAAUAAAAGUUUUCUCAGAAUGACGGCACACUGGACUGAUCCUUCUACUUUUGUACGAGGACAUGCAGCGCUAGCAUGUAAAAGAGUUCGAGGGAGACACACAUAUGAAGUCAUCAGCAAUGAAAUCGAGCAAGUACAUUCGGCUUAUGGACUGAACUCUAAAGUGACAGCCACCGUGACAGACAACGGGUCCAAUUUUAUCAAAGCUUUUAGAAUGUUCCAAAAAUCAGACUCUGAUGAGGAAUCGGAAGAAGAUGAAGAGGUGACAUUUACUGAUGUUGAGCAGACCCUCUCCACAGAAUCUGAAGGGCAGUUUUCUCUCCCUCCACACUUAAGGUGUGCAUCACACACACUGAACUUAAUUUUUCAUGAUGUUGAGAAAUGGCUUCAAGCAAAUGAGGCAAAAUUCAUCUACAGAAGUGCAACUUCAAAGUGUUCUGCAAUGUGGACAAAAGCAAACCGUUCUUCUGUUGCUUCAGAGUUGGUAGAUAAUUUUUUCAAGAAAAAACUCAUAGUACCUGUUUCAACACAAUGGAAUUCAUUUCACGACGCCCUAUCCAGGAUCACUGACAUUCCUCUUGCUGAAUUAACUACUGUCUGCACUCAGUUUGGAAUCAAAUGCUUCACUGAUCGGGAGUAUCUGUUCCUAAAGGAGUAUUGUAUCGUGUUGAAGCCACUCACUGUUGCACUAGACAUAUUGCAAGGAGAAGAGAACUGCUAUUUUGGAAUCCUUCUUCCAACUCUGGAGAUUCUAAUGUCCAGGACGCUGGCACUGCAGGACGAGCUUAAGCUGACAGCAUCCCUCCCUGAUAUCAUUGUUAAGGCGAUCAAGGUGCACUUUUCCUCAAUGAUGGACAAUAAAGAAGCUCCUGGCUGCAGUCACUUUGCCUAAAUUUAAGUUACGCUGGAUCAGAGAAGAAGAGAAAAAAGACAUGGUUAGGGCAAUGCUUACUACAGAGUGCCGUGGGUUGUCUCUUGAAGAUCAACAACCUGCUCAAGAUCACAAGAACCCUGCUGGACUCCACUGAUGACUUUUUUUCAUUUGAGGAGGACGACUGUACCUACUCUGGUGAAACAGAGGUGAUGGAAUAUUUGAAAUCUGCUGGGUCUGAGCUGGGUGUUCUUAGCCAGUUUCCCAGGAUUAAGGCCAUUUCACUGAGGCACAACACAGCCACACCAUCAAGCGCACCAGUCGAAAGGCUUUUUAGCCUCGGCAAUCUUGUGCUUACACCCAGAAGGAACAGACUGUCAAGUGAACGCUUUGAGAGACUUACAUUAAUGAGAUGCAACAACUUGUUCAAAAACAACACAGCUAAGUAGUACAAAAAAUGUUUUGGAAAACAUGGUGCAUACAGCAUGCAGGAAAUAUGGUGCUCAUUGGUUUGAGGAAGUUUUUUUGUUAUUCAGAUAUGUUGCAGGAAAAAUAUAUUUGUUAUUCUGGAAUUGUGUUUCUUAGCUAAAGAAAGUUACAUUCCUUACUAAAAAAUGUAAUUAUUAAAGAAUGUUUUUUUUAUAGAAUGUAAUAAAGAUGAUUCAGGAAGCAAAAAGGCUAAACUAUUUCAUGUUGACUCGUAUUUUUUUUAAAAAAUUAUUUAUUAUUUAAAGAGUUUAAUUUCUAUUGUUUGUCCACUCAAGGUUUAUGGGGAUUUUAAUAAGUAUUUAGUUAAAUUACUUAUUGAGUAAUUAAGUUACUUUUCAGACACAGUAAUUAGAUAAGUAUUUUAAAUACAAUAUUGAUUAAGUAAUUAGUAAUAGUAAUUAAUUACUUUUUUAAAGUAACUU